GAGAACAUGACAUCAUGGCGGCAAGCUGUAUUGGACGGCAGUGCUACAGGAGGAGGAGACGCAGUAGAGAAUAUUUAGCAAUAAAUGCACAGUGGGCGGGUGACGGCGACAGGUUCUCUGGUGAAAAGGAAAGCAGGGCUGGAUAUUUGCAUUUUCACUGGGCAGAGGGAAAGCUUUACUGAGAAGGUGACACUUGAAGGAGCUGAGGGAGAGAGCCAGGCAGAUACCCGUCUUGCUGGCACAAGAAGCAGCUCUUGCAAAGGCCCUGGGGUGGGAGGAACCCUGUUGUGUUCAGGGGAAGCCAGUGUGGAUGGAAGAGGAGGAGGGGGAGAGAAGGAGGAGAUGCUGUCUGUACCAUGGAGAGAACUUUGGCCUUCACUCUGAUUGAGCGGGGAGUUGCAGGAGGGGUGUGAGCACAAGAGGACUGACUUUCCUUGUUAGAACCCUCUGGCUGCUUUGUGGAGGGUGGACUGUAGAGAGACAAAGGCAGUAAGCAGGCCACUGCGGUAGUCCAGGUAAGAGACGACAGCUCAAACCAAGAUGGUAGCAAUGGUGGAGGUGAGUGGCUGGAUAUAACUCACACAGCCAAAUGGGCCUCUGGACAGCUUGGAUGUGGGGCAGGAAAUAGACAGUCACGGAUAGCCCCCAGGGUAUUCUGGAAGGCUGUGGGAGGAGCAGAGCAGAAAGCUUCAAGUCUACCUGGGGAAGCACAACCUCCGGCAACGGGAGAACUCACAGGAGCAGAGCCCUGUCGUCCGCGCUGUGGCCCACCCUGGCUACAACGCUGCCACCCAUGACCAGGACAUCAUGCUGCUGCGUCUGGAAUACCCAGUCAAACUCUCUGAAUGGAUCCAGCCCCUGCCGCUGGAGAAGAACUGCUUGGCCAACCACACCAGCUGCCACAUCCUGGGCUGGGGCAAGACCGCAGAUGGCGACUUCCCCGACACCAUCCAGUGUGCAUACAUCCACCUGGUGCCGCCCGAGGAGUGCGAGCGGGCCUAUCCUGGCCAGAUCACCCCCAACAUGGUGUGCGCAGGCGACGAGAAGUACGGGAAGGAUUCCUGCCAGGGUGAUUCUGGGGGUCCGCUGGUAUGUGGAAACCGCCUGCGAGGCCUUGUGUCAUGGGGUAACGUCCCAUGUGGAUCAAAGGAGAAGCCAGGAGUCUACACCGACGUCUGCAGAUAUACCCACUGGAUCCGGAAAACCAUUCAAGCCAAAUGACCCUGACAUGUGAUAUCCCCGACUCUUGACCUAUGACCCUACUGGCUGGCUCCAGAAUUUCUCUUCCCCUGACCUUGCCUUCCUUCCGCACCUGCCUGGUUGUGACCCUUGACGCUUCAUAAAGCAAUGAUGCAAGAGCACAAAUCCUCCCUGAUUUGACCCCAGCUCCUCCCUUGCUCCACUGGGGUGGGAGAGCAAGGACAGGGCUGCAGUCUUCCCCCACUACUAAGAGAACCCAGACCCCUCUAGGCCACUCUCCCUGCCUGGGCUUGUCCUUCCUGCAGACAGAAUGCUGGUCCAAUACUGGCAGAUACUGAGCUGGAGGGCCAGUUUGCUAUCCUCGGGCAGUACCUUCCUUUACAGAGUACAUUAAACAGUGUAUUCCUCAUGGGAUGGGGCUACUGGGACGAUGUGAGGUUACAAGCACGUGAAAUACAUGUAACAGUGCCUGGCCCGGCAUGCGCCCAAUAAAGGAUG